AUUGUGAUCAGAUUAUAAAUGUACCUGUCUGUUUGGUUUUUGGUUAACCGAUACAUUUCACUGUAGAGACCGAAUGAACCAAUCAUUUGACUGAUUCCUCUAUCGAUUGUUGAGAGUGUGACUGUGGGGGGACCUUACCGAGGCAAAAACAUGAAGCAAGAACAUGGGUGACUGAGCAUACCAUUUAUAAACUUCAACUACAGCAGAUAAAGAAGGAGAUAAUUGUUUGCGAUUGUCAAAAGUGUGGUCCAGUUAUGAUAUAACCUCAUGGGGGAAGAAAGAGAUCGCUAUCAUACUUAUGACUUCAUAUUGAAUCACAGAUAUUUGAGGUAGAUUACACAGCUAAUAGAUGCAAACAAUACAAGCAUUCGCUUUGUACUACUUAUGCUUUUACAAUAACAAACUAAAUUUUUAAUAGCUGCUUUACCGAGAGCCAUUAAGAGAAGAACCAAAGAAAUUUGAAACUGUAUCUCUGUUUUGACAAAAAAAUAUGUGUUCUGUCAAGAUCUAAUGCUUCAUUAUGAGGUUUUUUUUUGUGUAACGAGUGAGAGUGUAUUAUUUCCCUUGAUUUAUACAUUGUGCACACUAUACAUUUAAAAGCCAAAGGAGUUACAUUGUAUAUUUGUAUGUAGGAUUAUCCUAGAUAUUCUAGACUGUACACAAACAUAGUGUACGUACGAUUUUAUAUAUGAAUCCUCAGAUUGAAACCUAGUUGAAAUUAAAGAAACAGAGGUAUGAAGCUUUAGGACAUUGCUUGUGCUUGAAUGUAAUAGAGUCUCUGUAAUAAGGUCGAAAGUAUACAAAGCUGGAUGUGAAGUACAAUUCUCCGUGAACCUCUCAUAAACAAUUAAUAUGCAUCAGCCUCUCGAGAUUUUGCACUCAAAACGGUUUCAGAAUCAUGUAUAAAACUAUAUCACCAAGUGCAUGGAACAAAAGAUUCACGAAUCCUCUCUAUAAUUGGUUUCAUAAAUGGUACUUAGGCACAUAUCAUUUGUAGAAGAGCUACAUAUAAUAAUCAUCACAUCUUCACCAAAAUACUACUCAAUAAUUGAUGAAAAAAUAUACUACUAAUUGAUUUAACAAAUAGCACAACACCGCCUACAAGGAUCCAAAACCGAGAAUGGCUCUACAAGAUUUCAUAUGAGAGAAGUUAUAGCUAGUGUUCAAUAUCUGAAGCAUAACGCUGAGACUUCAAUAUGAAUUACUAAAUGAGACUAACACGAUGGACACAGCCACAAGUGAUGUUAUAGAGGAGAGCAUCAGCAAGCAGAGCCUUCUCUUGGUGAUAGACAAACAAACAAAAUCAAUCCCACGUGCGUGUAUAUAUUAGGUUUUGGUUUCGGUGUCGGUGAUCAGCUUUUUAAUUUAUUUUCUUAUUUUUAUAUAAAAGUUAAACAAACAAAAUUAAUCCCACGUGCGUGUAUAUAUAUAUCCUAAUUAAAUCAAAACCCUCAACGAUAGCCAAAAGCGUUGUUGGUGUAGUUUCAAAGGGAAAAAUAUGUUAAGGCAGCUUUUAUCAGGUUUCAGCUCAAUUCAUGUUGGGUUGCAGGUGGGAUAUUUGAUUUCGAUACUAAUAGAAAAAGGGAUUCCGAUACUGUUAGAACAAACAUCCCGACGAUUCCCAAAGAGAAAAGUCAAAAGUUUUGGGGUAGAAGACAGGAUAAGUGCGUUACCAGACGAUUUGCUUGUGCGGAUAUUGUUGCUUGUGCCAACAAAAGAUGCAGUGGCUACUAUGAUUUUGUCAAAGCGAUGGCGGUCUAUUUGGACGAUGGUGCCAAAGCUCGACUACUUAGAGAUGAUCAGUGAUGAUACAAACAAAGUAGUUAUUGGCGGUUUACUUGGUCGUUUACUUGGUCGUUUACUUGAGCGAUUUUUUGUCAGAAGUGAUCAGAAACGACUGUGGCUUUUGCGGUUUAUCGACGAGUCACUACAAGCCCAUAAGGCACCUGUUUUAGAAGCAUUAGCUAUAGGAGUCGAUAGAGGAGGUCACGUUGAUGUUGUUGAUGUUGGAAAUUGGAUUAAAAAAGCGGUUCAUAGUAGAGUGCGUGAGCUAGGGUUUAUUCUCAGAUGGUCCGCGGAGCCUACUAGGUUACCUAAUAACCUUUACACAUGUGAUACACUUGUUUCUCUAGGUCUUUCCAACAAGAUUCUUGUGGAUGUUCCUUCUCCAGCAUGCCUCCCAUCCCUCAAAUAUGGCGAAGCAAUUGAGGGAAGUUUAGUAAUAGAUUCUCCGGCUUUAAGGAAAAUCUUCAUCACAGAUCACUCGAUAGACUCUUACUCGAUCGAAAACGAACCUCGCCUUGAGAAGGCAAAUAUCAACUUCCGUUGUUACCCUGAUGACAGGUUUAGGACAUCUAUUUCCUCAGUCAUGUGUCUCGAAUUAGUUUUGAGCUUUGCAACGUUUUCCUGGUUUAGCACUAUUGGCUACUCUUAUCUUAUGGAGUGUAAGAUAAUACUUGUACACGAUUUAGACUGGUUACAACCACUAAUGUUUUUGCUUCAGAAUUCUCCUAAUCUAAAAGUUCUUCUCAUCGACAAGGUUGGUACUCUAAUUCAUUCAAGUAAUAAAAUAAAAAGUAAAUGUGAUUCACAACCCUUGGGGAUUGCUUCACAGACAUUCAUUCAAGUUGCGGAGGAGUUGCCACUUUCAUGGAACCAACCAAGUUCUGUUCCCGGAUGUUUGUCAACCCAUCUAGAGAUCUUUGAGUGGAGAGAAUACAAAGGAAGAAACGAAGAGAGAGAAUUCAUAAACUACAUCUUUGCUAACUCUAAGUGUUUAAAGAGAGCUGGAUUCUCUCUGAAAUCAACCGGCAACCAUAAAGAUAGAAAGAAUAUGAAAGAUUUGGAGUCUAUGUAUAGGGUUUCCACAUCAUCCCAGCUUCUAUUUUCCACUCAGGUGGAAUAUAUGAGUGUUUCAGGUGAAACAAGGGAGUGAUUUUAUUUCAUAUGGUUCAUGUGUGUUUGCCAUUAGUCAAGUGGUUUCUUCUAAUCAUUUUGUUGUAUGAAACCAACUAAUUUUAUUUAAUUAUAUUGUCCAUGUUUGUUUGCCAUUAGUCAAGUGGUUUCUGUUAAUCAUUCUGUUGUACUAAACCAUCAAAUAUAUCGGGAAGAAGCACACAUUGACUUUGUGGUGUAAGUAUUGUAUAUCAAAUCAUUGGUGUUCAUACAUGCAGUGUGUGUAUAUACAGUAUACACAACAUAUGAUACAUCUAGAGUCUAUAGAUUCCGUGUUCCAAAGUAUCAGAUUUUGAAUUUGAUUUUUUUAAGAAUGCAGUCAUGACUUUGAGUUUGAAUUUCUUAAAAGUAAAUAUACGUGCCCAUUUUGAUAAACAGUAAAUAAAAAGCACGUGUAUGUGUUUUUUUUUUUUUGCUAUGAAGGUACGUAAUUUGCUAACAAUUUUUUUUCUAUGAACGUAAUUUGCUUACAAAUUUAGAAGUGCUUAGUCAAAGCAGUUAAUGCUGCUUAGUUUAUUUGAAUACAAAAGUCAAAGUCUCAGUAAUGCUGCUUGGUUUAUUUGAAUACAAAACUCAAAGUCUCUGAAACGUUCUUUAGUUUUGUAUAUAAAUAAACCCUAAUUGGUCACAUAAGAUUCUAUUACAAGCGGAGCAUCGGAACAGCGAGAAUGCUGUGCAUAAGUGUAC